AUGUCAUCUUCGGUCUCAGCUUCGAUAGCGGUGCUUAAGGAUGCGCUCGAGCAGAUAGUCCGAAACCCUCGAUACCACGAUGUCCUCUCUCUUCUCAAGACCGCGCGCAAUGGUGCCGUAUACGGCACCAAGGUCCGAUUCCCUCAUGCCUUAGUAAUGAUCUUUCUCUUCCGAUCUGGAACUUUCCGACAAAAGGCUGGGCUUGUCUUGAGGGCCACGCGACACCACGCUUCCAACCUCGCUCGGUUCGCAACGAUAUACAAACUCACAAUGCUUGCGCUCAAGCACUACGGCGCCACGCCAGGAAAAGAGGGGACCUAUGAUUCCUUCUUCGCUGGUCUGGUCGGCGGCUACUUCGUCUUCGGCGGGCGCUCCAAGCGAUCGGGCAAGAUCUCGUCGGUCAACCAGCAAAUCGUCAUCUACGUCUUCGCCCGCGUCGUCCUGGCCCUCGCGCGCCUUGCCGUCAAGCCCGGCGUCGGCUUCCCCCUCGUGUCCGCGGAGCCCCUGCACUCGCGCAUCAACCACUACGCCUGGCCCGCGUUCGCGUCGCUCAGCUGGGCCUCGGUCAUGCUGCUCUUCCGCUACCACCCGGAGGAGCUGCAGUCCAGCCUGCGGAGCAGCAUGGUGUACAUCUACCGGGACUGCGACGACUGGGACUCGCUGCGGACGCUCCUCUGGCACAACAAAUAG